GUGGAUGGCGAGGCCCAGUAUGUUGCCGGCAAGUCCGAGCAGGUCGAUGGGCCCCCUCAGGUGGGCACGCAGCGCGUCGAGCAGACCGUCGCCGGGCAGGUGAAGCAGCAGAUCGUGGAGAUCCCUCAAGUCCAGGAGGUCGUUGAGGAACAGGAGAUCCCGGAGGUGCAAGUCGUGCAGAAGGUGGUCGAGGUUCCCCAGGUGGUCACACAGCAAGUGGAGCAGAUCGUUGAGCAGAUCGUGCACGUGCCCGAGAUCAUCCACCAGCCAAAGGUCAAGCCCCGCACGGUGGAGCAGGUUGUCGAUGUCCCUGUUCCUCAGCUGGUUGAGGAGGUUGUGCACGUUCCAGUGACGCAGACCCAAGCCCGUCACCACCAUGUUCACGUCGAGCAAACCGUCGAGGUUCCCGUGCCGAUGCAGCAGGAGCAGCAGGUUCACGUCCCCAAGGUGGUGGUCCAGAAGCGCCAGAUGCACCAGCACGUGGAGCAGAUCGUUGAGGUUCCGGUGCCCAUGACGCAGGAAGAGGUCGUGCACAUCCCGAAGGUUGUGACGCAGACGCGCGUUCAGCAGCAGCAGGUGGAGCAAGUGGUCGAGGUGCCGGUCCCCAUGACCCAGGAGGAGGUGGGGCUGCUGGAGUUGCUGUGGGCGGUUUUGGGGAGCUGUACGGUCUUGCUAGCCUGGUGUGCUUUUAGGCUUUUCGUAGUGUACUAG